AUGGAGACUGGCAGCUACACCUCAAGCCCAGCCACCACCAACUGGAUCGGGACGACGGCUGACCUGGAGGGAAUGGACGUCCUUCAGGAGCACGGAGGAGGGGGCUCAUCCAGCACUCCCGCGUCCUGGUACAUGCCAUACUCGCUGGGCUUCCAGGUGUCACUCACUGCCUUCCUCAUGCUGGAGCUGGUGUUGGGUUUCAGCAGCAACCUGACUGUGCUGGUGCUGUACUGCUCUCAAUCCAACCUGGUGGACUCAGUGAGCAACAUGGUGACCGUCAACCUGCACGUGCUCGAUGUGGUGGUAUGUGUGCUGUGCGUGCCCCUCACUCUAGUGGUCGUCCUCCUGCCCCCAGGACCAAACCUGGCCCUGCUUUGCUGCUUCCAUGAGGCCUGCGUCACAUUUGCCAGCAUUGCCACGGCCAUCAACAUCCUGGUUAUCAGCUUGGACCGUUACGACAUCUCAGUGCGACCGGCCAACAGGCUGCUGACGACACGUAGAGCAGCGCUGCUCCUCACUGCUGUCUGGGUCACCUCGGUUGCUGUGUUUUUCAUCCCAUUCUUGGAGACGCAGUGGUCAAGCGGAGAAGGAGCUGAGGACACAGGGCAGGUGACACCCUUGUCUUUGCCCUCAUAUGACGUCAGUGCCACGGUGGUGCCAGCAUGGCGUAACCAGACUCUCCUGUGUGUUGGCGGUCAGGGCUUUCACACAGGCCUGGGUAUAUAUUACCAUCUUAUCCUACAGGUACCCAUCUUCUUCACUACUGUGGCAGUCAUGUUGUUUACCUACUCCAGAAUACUGAGAGCUUUAAACAUUCGCAUUGGCUCCCACAUGAAGAAGGGUCAGCGUUUCAGGAGUCCGUCCUGCAGGGGGCGCCACAAGAGACAGAAAAAGAGUAAGGCAGGACUUAAAGUGAAUGAUGGCGGGGAGGCAGGAGGGGAGCAGUGCACCAUAGAUGGCACCAAACAGCUCAAUCAUCCUCCCCUCAUCCCUUCCCCAUCCCCCACCCCUACAGCUACCUCCCCCCCUGCUCUGUCCUCUUCUGCUCCACUUGUCACCCCUGAUAUGGGUGCUGCCACCCCCAUGCCGGCCACGGUGGGCGUCCAGGCGUCUGUGUCCGCCAUCAUCGCUCUGCGUCGGGCAGUUAGACGACACCGGGAUCGACGAGAGCGCCAGAGGCGAGUGUUCAGGAUGUCCCUCAUCAUCAUCACGACCUUUUUGGGCUGCUGGGCUCCCCUCUCUGUGACCAACGUGCUGAUCCUGGGCAUUGGACCCACUGAUGUCCUGGUCAGCCUGCGCUUCUGGUUUCUAGCCUUGGCUUACGGCACCACUGUCUCCCACCCUCUUCUCUAUGCUUUCACCAGACAGAAACUGCGCCGUGCCCUCCGUGCCAAGGUUAAGAAGAGGGUGGUGUCGCUGCUCCAAGUAGACCCCUCACCAGGGGGCACCGUGAUACACAACUCCUGGGUGGAGAACAGAAAAACCAGCCGGCAGGUGCGACUAGAAGCCAGCGAAGGCACUGACCGCUGCCUGGCAGAGGCCCUGUGA